AUGUGGACACUUCGUCGAGCUUCUCUUCGUCUCAGGAGCCAAGGGCUUAAUGCGGGAGCUGCCCGUGUUUCUUUUGUCAAUUUAGUGCCAACCACUUGUGUGGAAAAUGAGGGUGGUACGCAUCAGUCUGGUCAAAUCACCAACGGUAGACUUCUAUCAGCUGAUGCGUUUUUCGGCACGGGCCGUACUUCACUGAACUAUGCUGUGGCCAGGCGUGAGCUUUCCUCGCAAGCCGGUUCUAGCAGCACGAAAGAGGAUGAUGAUGUGUUGGAGGGUGGGUUGUCUGAGAUGGAUUUGUCUCAUGGAAGUGAUGAUGACGCGCACUUGUCUGAUGGGGACGAGGAUGCUGGAAAACUGAAUGAUGAGCUGGAUUUAUCAGAUGGUGAGAUUGAUCCUACCAAGAAAAAAAGUCCUGGUAGACUGCCUGAAUCGGAACUAUUCAAUGCAAUUUUGAAGGCUCCUGGUUUGUCGAUUGAUUCUGCUCUCAAUAAGUGGGUUGAACAAGGGAAAGAAUUAGGUCGGAAGGAGAUCUCGUCUGCGGUGCGUAAUCUUCGUAGGCGUAAAAUGUAUGGGAGGGCUUUGCAGCUUUUUCAGUGGCUAGAGUCAAACAAGAAGCUUGAAUUUGUGGAGAGUGAUUAUGCCUCUCAACUUGAUUUGAUUGCCAAGCUACGUGGCCUCCUAAAGGCAGAGAAAUACAUUCAGAGUGUUCCAGAAUCUUUUAGAGGUGAGCUAUUAUACCGAACGUUACUGGCUAACUGUGCUAGUCAGAACAAUUUGGCAGCAACAGAGAAAAUAUUCAACAAAAUGAAGGACUUGGAUUUACCGCUUACAGCAUUUGCCUAUAACCAGUUGCUGCUUCUGUACAAGAAGCUUGACAAGAAGAAAAUAGCUGAUGUGUUACUACUGAUGGAAAAAGAGAAUAUCAAACCUUCUAUCUUUACUUUCAGAAUCUUGUUAGACGCGAAGGGCCAGUCCAAUGAUAUUGCUGGAAUGGAGCAAGUAUUGGAGACAAUGAAGGCAGAAGGCAUUGAACCAGACGUCCAGACACAGUCAGUCUUGGCUAGGCAUUACACGUCAGCUGGGCUUAAAGAAAAAGCUGAAGCUAUAGUGAAGGAGAUUGAAGGUGAAAACUUAAAAGAAAAUCAGUGGGCGUGUGCGACUUUACUUCGUCUUUAUGCAAAUCUGGGAAAGGCUGACGAAGUGGAGAGAAUUUGGAAAGUUUGUAAAUCAAAGCCUCGGAUUGUUGAAUUCCUAGCUGCAGUUGAAGCUUGGGGAACGUUAAAGAAAAUUGAAGAAGCUGAAGCAGUUUUUGAGAUGGCGUGGAAGAAAUGGAAACUUAAUGCCAAGAACUGCUCUGUUCUUCUGAUGAUUUAUGCAAAUAAUAAGAUGCUAGAGAAGGGUAAGGAUCUUAUUAAGCGAAUGGCAGAUAAUGGGUUGAAAAUAGGUCCAAUGACGUGGAACGCACUUGUGAAACUGUAUAUCGAAGCAGGUGAUGUCGAAAAGGCAGACUCUAUUUUGCAGAAGGCAAUUCAACAGGGUGAGUUGCAGCCAAUGUUUAGCACCUAUAUGGCUAUUUUGGAGCAGUAUGCAAAGAGGGGUGAUAUCCAUAACUCGGAGAAGAUUUUUCAUAGGAUGAGAAAAUCUGGUUAUACGUCUCGAAUAAGUCAGUUCCAAGUUCUAAUACAGGCAUAUAUAAACGCCAAGGUUCCAGCCUAUGGCAUUAGAGAGAGGCUGAAAGCUGAUAACUUAUUUCCCAACAAAACAUUGGCUAACCAGUUGCUUCUAGUUGACGCAUUUAGGAAAAAUGCAGUUUCCGAUUUACUUGAUUGA